CCUCGGACGUCCCGUCAGCCAAUCAGCGCUCAGCUCCUCCGCGGCGCUCGUGAGAUCCCCGUAAACUCUAUUCAUCAGCGCAUCUACGCCACGUUCUGCCCGACGCUCCCAUCGGCACAGCGCUCGCCUAAGAAAAUGACUUUGAAGGCUGAAUUUGAGCAAUAUGCGGAGAACGUAAAGAAAGUGAAGACCAGACCUACGGACCAAGAGCUGCUGGAUUUGUACGGCCUCUACAAGCAAGUUAUCGUUGGGGACAUCAAUACCGACAAACCUGGAAUGACAGAUUUGAAAGGGAAAGCCAAAUGGGAGGCAUGGAAUUCAAGGAAAGGUAUGUCAAAUGAAGAUGCCAUGAAUGCCUACAUUUCCCUGGCCAAGGGAGCUAUUGAAAAGUAUGGAAUGUGAUUGGGGAAAACAUCCACUCAGUUAUAGUUAGAUAUUCAACUUUAACUAUGAAACAUCUGUAAGAUUAAAACAUUAAUCUAUUUUUUUUUCUUUUUGAUGUAGAUUAACAGAUUAAAAGAUAAUUUACUUUGUUUCAUCGCACACUACAAGUCAGGUUAAACCUAAAGAUGUAAAAAUAUAAUCUUGUAAUCCAAUAAAGAUGUCAAAUAUGGUAAA